UCACUAGGCUGACUCCCUUCCUGCUGCAUCACAGCAGCCUUUAGCAGCUCUGGUAGUACUUGUGACCGCGGGGGACGGAAUAUACACCGCUAGUUCACAGAAAACAGCAGCCUUUAGCAGGUUUAACAACAUCCUAACACGGGGCUAGGUGUCAGGAAGUGGUUGCAGUGCGAUAACCCCGCUCCAGUUGUUGGGAUAUGGCCAGGCCGGAACAGGUUCUGCUCUUGGAGCCUCAGCACGAACUGAAAUUCAGAGGUCCGUUUUCAGACGUGGUCACCACAAAUCUUAAGCUCUCCAACCCGACAGACAGGAAUGUAUGUUUUAAGGUCAAGACGACAGCGCCCCGCCGGUACUGUGUGCGGCCUAACAGCGGCAUCAUUGAUGCAGGCACCUCAAUCAAUGUCUCUGUCAUGUUGCAACCCUUUGAAUACGACCCAAAUGAAAAAAGUAAGCACAAGUUUAUGGUCCAGUCCAUGCUAGCACCUCCUGACAUGACUGACAUGGAGGGAGUGUGGAAAGAAGCAAAGCCAGAGGAGUUGAUGGACUCUAAGCUGAGAUGUGUUUUUGAGAUGCCAAUGGAGAAUGAAAAAACGCAUGAUAUGGAGUCCAACAAGAUGUCGUCGAGCUUGCUGAAGUCAGAGUCAUCUGCGCUGCCUGUGAAGUCGCUGAGCUCCACCCUGGACGACGGAGAAGUAAAAAAGAUUAUGGAGGAGUGCAAGAGGCUGCAGAUGGAGGCUCAGAGGCUACGGGAAGAAAACAAACAGAUUAGAGAAGAUGAUGGUUACCGGAUGAGGAAGAGCAACAUCAUGUCAUCCCAGCAUGCCUCAGGCUCCAUGAAGAGGGAGGAAGGUUUGAGUGCCCGCUCCGUGGCCCUCAUCCUGCUCUUCUUCAUCGUCGGCGUCAUUGUGGGGAAGUUGGUGUUGUAGAGCACAACACUUCGGUCAGCCGCAGCAUGCUUUCAUGGUGGAUGAAAAUACACACAGGAGCUGGGAUUUUUGGAUCAGAAUGCCAUAUUUGCUGGUUGGGGUGGGUGGGGGUGGGGUGGGGCGGUACUAGUUUUGAUUCAGUCCCAUUUAUGUAAAAAGUUUAAAUUUAAAAGGGUAAUCUAUGAGAGAAAAAGAGGGAAAAAAAUGACUCAUCUUAAGAACAAACACCUCUGUAAUCAUCGCAUAAUCCUUCUGGCCUUCUUCCCAAAGUUUCAUGUAUUCAGAUGAUUUGUUUCAGGGGUUUGUGGGGAAACAGAUUCAUAAUUUAACUGGUAAUUCAGUUCAGUGAGUCUUCUAACAACGAGCGAGAUAGCGUCGAUGCGACCGGUCAGAUUGCUGCUGUGCGAAUGUCGUUUUAUUUGAUUAGACUGACUUUCUUUUUCUAAUUGAUGCACGCCAGAGCCAAUCUUCUCCGACAUGUGACGACUCCACCGCACAGUAAAUCCUGCUUUUCCUUCCGGUGGAACCCUGUUUUUAAAGGAAGGGAGGACCCAAAAGGUCAGGGGUCACGCACAGGGCUACAACAGUCUUCUCCAGUCUAAGGCUUUGUAAAAUCUCGUCUUUGAUUGUGGAACAGCUUUGAUGUGUGUAAGAAACACUACAACGGGUGUUUUAUUUCCUCAUGCCCUUUUUUUUUUGUUUUGUUGCCCUAAUUUAUUCCCGCCACCUGUCAAUCACUGCUCACCACAUCCUCACUUGUCAGAGGAGGAUGUUUGCAUGCAUUCACACGAGUGUUGCAUCUGAACUUUUGAAUCUAAUUUAAUUGCUUUUGUCAUUUGACUGUAGAUUUGCACAAUUUAAUUGCUGUUUUUUUCUCCUUCUUUCUCCUUUGUCCUUUUUUCUUGCAGUUCUUUUGUUUUAUGUUAUAUAUAUUUUUUCUUUGGUUGGAGGUAAAGCAGUCAAAAGUAUUUCAGCAAACUGAAGUGACGUUUGGAUCGUUUCUGUAAAUCGAUAUGAAAGCUUUGCCUUGUGACCUGUUGGGGCAAGUUAUUCUCAGGCCAAGAUGGAGGUACAAUUACAGUACAUAAUAGACUGAAGGAGAUCAAAUGGCUUUCCCUGACAUCAGCAGGAUCAGGGUCCUGAAUGUGAGGGGGAAACUACUUUUUUCAGCUCUUGUUUUCCUCCUUCUCAUUGUGACAUUUGUUGACAUUCUGUCUUAUUUCUGGCAAAUUGCAUGUUAAAAAAACAAAAAAAUACACGCCUUUGUUGAGUUUUUUGUUUAGUUAUUUUUGUGAAUUCAUCUCUGCAUUGCAUCACGAACAUUGUAAUGCACUAAACUGAAAAGGAUCACUGAUUCUUCUGCAGCUGAUUUGCAGGGAAUGAAUGCAGUCGGGCUAUAACUUGGGGGACCAUGUUCACAAAUCAUCUUCAAAUUCAUAUUCUGUGGUAGACGAGUGUCUUUUUUUAGUUGUCAUUCUUUGAAGGAAAAAUAAGCAGCUGGUGAUAUUUAUCUUCAUCUGUACAAAUGAAAUAAUCAGAAAAAGGUUGACAAAAACUUUCUUUCAGUUCACAUUUGCUGAGAAAUAAAGAAAAUGUCAGAAAUGUUCUAUUUUUUUCUUCUGUUGAGUGGAGGGAAAGUUAGUAUGGAUCUGAUUGGUUAGUAAGUAAGUGGAAAUAAACAUGAGUUUGUGUUUUUACUGUAUCUCUGAGGUUUUUGGGUUGAGGAUCACUUUCUGCUUUGAAGGGAGGGCAGAGCAGACUGGAGCUACAGUUCAGUCUCUAGUGUUUCCACAAAGUUGUUCUUUAGUUCUAUCCAGUUUGGAGCGUCCAAAUGUUUGGCACUUUUAAAAACACCAGAUUAUAACUUGGUAAUCAAAUGUGUAAAUUUGACUGAUGCUGUAAAUUUCACUGUAUGGAACUGACCAAAUAAAGCAGUUAUGUGUGAACACUAACGGAUUCGGGCCUGGUUGUAAGAUGUUCUAUGCUGAACCUUCCUGAAGUCUCCGAACAUCACCGUGAUCAUUGUAAGCACUCAAACUGUUUUGUAUGUAUAUAAAUAAAAAGUCUAUCUGAGAAGAGGAUUAAAAUUCUUAGUGGAGUAGUCUGGUGUAAAACAAACAAAAAAAAACAAAAAAAUCCAACCCGACCUGGUUGGACUAUGUAGCAUCUUAAUAAAUUAAAUGAAUAAAGCUUCUUCCUAAA